AUGCCUUUAUCAAACUUUCGCGUACCGCCAUCUGCUUCGACCGUCAAUGUCAGGGUCAUCGACUCGACAUCGAAGAUUAGGGUGAGCAUGGAGAGCAUGGUUUCACACGUCAUCAAAGGCCAUUCUUGGCUUUCGUGUCCUUCAUACGUCUUCCUCGUCGAACACCCACCCACUGGCCGCAAAGUCCUCUUCGAUCUCGGGGUGCGCAAAGACUUCGAAAAUCUCUCACCUCCUAUUCAGAACUGGAUCAAAGAGAGUGGUACGACGUGCAGCGUGGAGAAGGAUGUGAGAGAGAUCCUCGAAGAAGGCGGGGUUAAAGCAGGUGAAAUCGAGAGCAUCAUCUGGAGCCAUUGGCAUUGGGAUCAUAUCGGCGAUCCGAGCAGAUUUCCCACAAGCACUUCACUGAUAGUCGGCCCGGGUUUCAAGGACAUUAUCAUGCCAGGCUACCCUACGAAUCCAGGGUCCCCAGUCCUUGAUUCCGAUUUCGCCGGCCGCGAACUCCGUGAACUGAGCUUCGCCGAGUCAACUAUCAAAGUCGGAUCGUUUCCUGCCAUCGACUACUUCGGUGACGGAAGCUUCUACAUCUUAGACGCGCCAGGUCAUACCGUUGGUCAUGUUAAUGCUAUUGCGCGGGUGACGACCGGCCCGGAUAGCUUCAUCCUCAUGGGCGGUGACACCUGUCACCAUAGCGCCGAGAUGAGGCCAUCCGCAUACAAUCCGCUGCCCGACUCGAUAUCGCCACAUCCGUUUCAUUCGGGCAAUGUGACUCCCUGCCCCGGCGCGCUGUUCAAACCUAUUCUCCAAGACGAAGACACGACGAAACCGUUCUAUGGCGUUCAUCGUCCUGGUAUGCUGUUUGGCAACCCGGAUGCUGCCGAGGAGACCGUAGACCGGAUUAUCGAGGCCGAUGGAAGCGGAAAUACCCUUGUUGUAAUUGCUCACGAUAACCAUUUGAAGGACGUCGUCCGGGAGUUCCCGGAAUAUGCAAAUGAUUUCUUGGCCCGAGGUUGGAUCGAACAGGGCAGGUGGUUGUUCUUGGAGGAUUUCAAGGAGGCAGUUGAUGGAGUUCAUAACGAGAAGCUGUAG